GAAAAUAUCAUUUUGAAAGACAAACAAUCUGAGUGCUUGAGUAACAUUUUAAAAGGCAAUGAUGUAAUUUGUAAUUUACCGGUUGCCUAUGGAAAAUCUUUAUGCUUUCAUCUCCUGCCGAGCUUACUGAACGGGCUAUAGUGUUGGUGGUUAAUCCUUUGAACAUUAUUCAGAAAGACCAGCUCUCGUCUUUAAGAACACGUGGAAUAACUGCUUGCAAACUAACAUUUUCUUGCAAUGUAGAUGAUGGAGAGGAAAAUGAAAUGGACUUGAAGGAUUAUUCAUUAACAGAUGUUGUUGAAGGGAAAUAUUCAAUUAUUUUAUGCCAUCCUGAGGCACUUUUCAAUACAAAAUCUGGACAAGAACUUCUCAGAAACAAGACAUUUACCAGCAAAGUUCAGUGUGUGGUAAUUGAUGAAUGUCACAUUGUUGAAAAAUGGGGCAAGGAGUUUCGUUCCUCAUUUGCAAGUCUACAUACACUACCAGCUUUAUUUGAUAGGAAACCCAUUCUUGGCUUGAGUGGUACACUAACAUCAGAUUUAAUAAAAAGAAUACCAUCUAUUCUCGGAAUGAGCAACCCAGUUUUUGUACAUGAGAGUCCAGAUCGUCCAAACAUUUUUCUGAAUAAAGUUGAAAAAACUAUUACUGUUGAUGUGAGCAAAAUGUAUGAGAAAAUUUUCAUUGUUGAAUGUGACAAAUUAUUUUCAGACAAACAAUCUUAUCCUGUUACAUUAAUGUUCAUACCAAUGUUAUACAUGAGUCAUGCAGCGAGCUACUUAAGACAUCUUUUCGGCGAGGAAGAUAUUAAAACAUCUUGCUAUUCAGUUGUUUUUUCAAGACAAGAUGCAGAAGUUAUUGCCACUACCUUAGAAGAUUUAAAAAAUCAAAAUCCUAGAAUACGACUAGUAUUAACAACCUCUGUUUCUGGAAUGGGCUUUGAUCCAGAGAAUGUUUCGCAUGUUAUUCACACUGUACCACCAAGAAACUUGAGUCAGUAUUUGCAGGAAAUAGGAAGAGCAGGUAGACGUGGUCAAAAUGCACAGGCUACUCGUUACCACUGUGCCCGUGAUCUUGCAAAAAACUUGCCUGGUAGACAGGAUGAUAUAAUUGAAUACUGCAAAAAUAAAACUGAAUGUCUACGAACAUUAAUGUUAAGUAAAUUUGGAUUUGAAAAAUCUGAAACAGCAUAUUUGUGUGGUAAAAAGUGCUGUUGUUAUUGUUCCAGUUCAUGCAGCUGUGGUUGUUCUUCUAUUGACAAUUAAUGGAUUAUUGUUCAAAAUGUGUUUUAUAUUUAAUUAAAA